UACUGUCCGCUGGAUCUGUUCAGCGGGUGUCCGCAAAGAACGCAAACAGCUCUGCGCGCUCUCAUCAGAGACCCGCAGAACAAUUUCCGCGUUUUCCGCGAUUCCCAUCACGUGUUCGGCGACUCCGCCGCCGCCGACUCUUCCGCUUUGUCGCCGCUUUUGCGCGACUUUUGCGGCCAAUCGGAGGACGACGUGGAGGGCGCCCUCUGCCGGCUGGUGGCCAAAGCGCUGGCCCUCCGAGUGGACACUUCGCGGCCCGAAGACGAGGCGCUGAUGGCCGAAGAGGAAUGCGAUUUACACCACAACUCGAAUCACUGUUUCUGCACUUCCGAACACGCGCUGACGUCGGGCUCUGUUCUGGAUUGCGUUCUUCGCGCGCAACGCUUGGAUGCGAUCGAUUCGGAAGUCGCGCUGCAAUUGUUGCAACGCGUGAACAGCAACGACGUGUGGACUCCGCCCACUCUGGACGCGGCCGACCAAUCGGAGGAUUUGGCGCUAAAAGUUUUUCGAUUUCUGGUCUCUUUGACGGCCAAAGACCUGUCAAUCAUGAUAACAAUGCAGAGACUGGAGGCGGGGGCGGACGUGACGUCACUGCCUUCGCGGCACCUGAUUGGCGACGCGGAGCGCCAGUAUUUGGCGUCGAUUCGAAUCAUAGAUUUGGAUCAGAAGAGCGAUCAGAAGAUCAAGAGAACGUUCUCGAAGGACAUGCGAAUGAUCGCCGCCUUCAACACGAGCGCCAAAAACAACAACAAUAAUAAUUCUGUUUAA